AUGUCCGCACGCGAGCCAUCAAGACGUCCGCACCGAAAGCUGAAACGACUUUUGGCGUUAAAUAAGAAACACGCCAAGGAGGAGGAGGUCGUGGCGGCGUCGUUGCGGUUUGGGCGACGUCAGGAGAGAGGAGCUGGACGCCUCCUUGGAGGCUGCGAACAUAUCCCGGGUGUAAUUGAUUCUACGCCCAUGGCCUCGCGCUCCCGGAUGUGUGCUGUCCCUCCCUCGCCCUCGCCCUCACCUCCCUCCGUCUCUCGUUCCAGGUCGGCGUGGUGGACGCGGCCUACCAGUACAUCUGCGAGCUCCAGUCGGCCCUGCUCGCCAAGUUCUCGACGAAGGGCGUCCCAGCUGACCUGGCCGGUGUCGUGGGCGGCAAGGUGUCCUCCCCCUCCGACGUCCAGGCGCUGGCCCUCCACCUCAUCCACUCCGGCAUGUCGCAGCCCUCCAGCAUGGCGACGCCCUCCGCCGCCCCUGCGCCCCCGGCCACUCCCACGCCCACGUCCACGCCCACGAGCAGCAGGACGCGCCUUCCGACUCCCCGGCCAACCCUUCCCCAGAGGACGCUACCAGCUGUCGCCUCUCCUUACCUCCUCAAGGACGCCGCCCCCAGUGUAUAACCGGCGGCCGUCAGACAUGCGAACUGUUGUACAUUACAAAUCAUUGGCCAUUUUUCCGAUAAGUUUAAGGUCCAGUUAAGUUCAUCUUCUGCUGACGAUGAACUUUGUAUAUACACAAAUUCAAUAUCUCAAGAAUCUCCGAAGGUUCCGUGACCUGCUAAUUACCACGCGAACCUGUUAAUUACACCUUAAUUGAUGAUGUGACACUAAUCGCUCGUUUACACCCACGCAACGACCUGUGUAAUAAAGUAAAUAGUACGAAUCUCGGGUACAAUGGUUCAGUGUACAGUAGCCGUGUGUUCGAUUAUCUCACCGUGUGUGGAUGUUCUGGAACAUUUUUUUUAUAUAUAUAUGUUGAAUGAUAUGGCGCCCACUGUCGGGAGAUCCUCAGUAUGCUUUCUUGAAGGAAUUAAUGGUCUUAGGAUAAAAAAUGGUAUAUUUUUUUUCUCCAGUGAUUUAGGGGAAAUCUCUCAUUGUUGUGUACUUAUUGUAUGAUUAGUUUAUGCUAAAGAAAUGUACAGGUAGUGAAUAUUAAUUAGAACACGAGAGCUGAUAUGACAAUUAGAAUAAUCUUUUUAUAAUGGUUAUACCUGUAAGCAUUUUUAAAAACCAUCACGAAAGUUUACAAUGGAGGUAAGCUGGGUGAUCUCUUGAGAUUGAAAAAAAAACAAUAAGCUAAUUUAUCAAAACUAGUGUUAGUCGGUGGUACAAGAGCUUUAAAAAUGGCGUAGUGGAGCUGCCAAUCGCGUUGUUAUUGUUGAGAAUUAAUAAGUGAUGACCCGAAGCCCUUCCCCCCUCUCCUCCCCCACCCCCCUCUCUUGCCUCCCUCCCUUCACUCUAGUUUAUCUUUCACUCUACUCUUUCCGCGCUAGGGAGUCUAAAAUGACCUGCUUUGACCUGUUUCGCCGCUUUGUUUUUCCCCGCGUUCUGACCCGUAUGACUGGCCUGCAUGAUGAGCACGGUUGACCUGUAUUCCUUGACUUGUAUGAAUGACAUUUAUGACCUGCUUCGCUGACCUGGCCUGAUCUCAGUCAUUGGCAUGUGUGACCUGCAUUGCGAAGGGUGAAUUGCCUCCAUCCAUGACCUGCAUGAUUGGCAUUAGAGACCUGUAAUAAAGCCUCUUAAUGAUCUCCAUAACUCAUGAUUGACCUGGGAGACCGCUGCCGAUGACUUGCAUAAAUAGCUCGACUGCAACAUGUGACCUGAAUCAACCUCACUGUUAUACGUUCAAAAUGACCUGUACCGUACAAUACUUCCUGUUCUGCGCGGAACUGACUUGACCUGUACGACUUCAUGACCUACGAAAUGACCAGAAAACAACCAAGUAAAGUUCUAUUUUUUUCUGGUACCACUCACGACAACCUCAAUCAAGACACUAGCAACCUCACUCAAUGCAGGAGACGUCACGCAGACUGCAAGUUGGAAUUCGCACCAGAUAUGGCUAAUGCGACUUUUAACUCUCCUUAUUUCGCCAAACCUUGGGGAGCGUGCGGGAUGAACUCUCCUCCCCUCCCUCCCUCCCUCCCUAUCCCCCCUUCCCUCUCUCUUAUCUCCCUACCUUCUGCCUCUCUCCCUCCUCCCUCUCCCCCCCCCUCUAUAUCCCAACCCUCCUGCUUUUCCCUCUCCCACCCCUUCC